AUGACAGCCCCAUCACGGCCAGAAGAACAGGAAAAGCAGCUCCGCGACAAGUGCUACAACCUACUCCGCACAGAAGCCAAGCUCGCACAAAGGUUGAUUGAAGAGGACGCGCGACACGAGACUCACUUCUCCACCGAGCUACUCGAAAAGUUCUACCGCACCACCACGUUUGACCUACGAGACCACUUUGCAAAGCUAGGCGCCUUCCGGAGCUUGGAUAGAGGAAACCUUGGUAUCAUACCAGCCAACUACAUCCUCAACGUUUCCUUGUUCAUACAAUGCGACAAGUACGACUUCGACGGGAUAACGGCACCGUUGGCCAGCCCGAACAGGAGAUAUCGGCUCAAACCCCAUCGAGCGCUGCUCGCAGACCUCGAAGCACUAUUCGGUUUCAAGGCUGGCACUAAGAUCGAUUUACACCUCCUCGUAAACCGUGACUGGUUGUCGAAUGCAGCACUCUCCGAAGAAAAUAUACGCAAAGCGCGUGUCGCGAAGCUCCAGGAGGAGCUUGCAAGCCUGGAGAAAGAUCUCGCCAACACCACACCAACAACAAGAGACGCAGUCGAACAAGUCGCUCGGACGGAAUGCCAGCAGCUUACCAACAACAUCAUGACCAAACUACCGCGUGAGAUACGCGAUAUGAUCUACUUCCACCUCAGCACACGAGACCGCGAGCUCAUCGAGCGCGAGCACUUCCGGACGACCCUAGAUCCGAUAACAAGGCUCUACUCGUACGACUUCAACAGAUGGAAAGCACAACACUUCCCAGCGCACUACUGGAACACCGAUUACGUUGGCCAGCCCUUCUACCGCGAGCUUGUAGAGAACUACUACCGAACAAGCACCUUUCUCUUCGGCGACGAUCCAGGAGUAAUGAAGCGUUUCCUUACCACCGACGAAAUGAAACUAGGCAUUCCCCCAAAAGCACUACUCUCCAGCGUCGAAAUCGGCCUGAAUGCUGUCUCGCAUGAUCGCGGUUCUUUCCGGGCUUACAUGUUUGGCAUACCCAAGUCACCGGAGCGAAUGCGUGAGGCUCUCGAUGGCAUCUUCGAACUGAAGCCUGGUGCUAAGAUUGUGAUUCGUUUCGUGACAGAGGCAAAGACUAAGGAGGAGAGAGAUGAGCAUUGCAAGGGGGCGAUGGCGAUGCUGUUUGACGACACCCAGGUGGAGAAGAUGAAGAUGUAUAAGGUUAAGUUUGUGGUGGAUGAGGGGCAGGUUUGGGAUUUGGCGGAGGCGAUGAGGGAGGAGUGGAUGGGUAUUCAUGGGUGA